GGAAAUGUGAAAUUCGAUUUUUACCGUUUUCCGAGAAAAAUCUUCUUCCCUUCAAUAAACGCCACCACAUCCUCGGAAAACCCUAGCCACGCACGCCUCAUUCUCCAGAAUCUUCCAUCUCCUUCGCUCUGCUUCCCAGUUGUGCCUGUGUGCGUGAAUACGCGGGAUCUGAUGUCUUGAUGUUUGGUUCCGUCAGACUGAAUUUAGUGAUUCCUGGGCGAUUUAGUUCUGAUUUGGUGAUUUCGGUAUUGCUUAUUGGUGUUGUAUUCAUCGCAGAUGGGAUCGGAUCUUGUGUUAGAUACGUUCUAGGGUUUCGAUUUCUUCCGUCUCCAUCGCUUCCCAGAUUCUUCUGAACUUCGUAGCCGAACCUUUUGGACCGUCGGCAGGAGAGAUGUCGCUGUUUCUGAAGGACGACUCGAUCCAGAUUCGCGAGGUCUGGAACGAUAAUCUGGAGGAGGAGUUCGCUCUGAUCCGGAGAAUCGUAGAAGAUUUCCCGUACGUCGCCAUGGACACCGAGUUCCCCGGAAUAGUUUGCAGACCUGUCGGGACCUUCAAGACGAGCAAUGAUUACAACUACGAGACCUUGAAGACGAACGUGGACAUGUUGAAGCUGAUUCAGCUCGGACUUACCUUCUCCGACGAGAAAGGCAACCUCCCCACAUGUGGAACCGACAAGUACUGCAUCUGGCAGUUCAAUUUCCGGGAAUUCGACCUCAACUCCGACAUCUUCGCCCGCGAUUCCAUCGACCUUCUUCGUCAAUCAGGCAUCGAUUUCGCCAAGAACAACGACAAUGGCAUAGAUUCCAGGAGAUACGCAGAGCUCUUGAUGUCGUCGGGAAUCGUUCUCAACGAGAACGUUCACUGGGUGACAUUCCACAGCGGGUACGAUUUCGGGUACUUGCUGAAGCUCCUGACAUGCCAGAAUCUGCCGGAGAAAGCAUCAGGGUUCUUUGAGCUGAUCAAGAUAUAUUUCCCAAUGGUUUACGACAUCAAACACCUGAUGAAGUUCUGCAACAGCCUUCACGGCGGUCUGAACAAGCUGGCCGAGCUUCUUGAGGUUGAACGUGUCGGAAUCUGUCAUCAGGCAGGUUCGGACAGUUUGCUCACAUCAUGUACUUUCUGGAAGCUGAAGGAGAAUUUCUUCAGUGGCUCUAUGGAGAAGUAUUCUGGGGUUUUGUAUGGAUUAGGGGUUGAGAAUGGACAGGUCGCUCGCUGAAAUCAAUCAAGUAAUCAAAUUACAAAAGCUUAAAGAAAAUGAAUCUUUCCUUAGAGAACGAAUGAGAGAUCAAAUAUAUAAUCUCUCUGUUUAUAUUUGUUUCUUAACAUAUCUUUUUGUUCGUGCCUUGCAAUUGUUCUCUGAAUAGAAAUAGCAUUGGCUCUGUAUAUUGUUUUAUCAUUUAUAUCUCAAAAGGGUUUUACGUUACUU